ACCCCGGAAGCAGUGUUUGGAGGGCCGGGUGAGCAUGGCGGCGCCCAGGAGGAGCUGAGGUUCUCUCACUCGCGUUCAGCUGAGAGUAGUUUCUGAACGGAAUGAUGGAAAGCAGAGAGUUUCUCGCCUCUCUUGUGGCUGGUGGCCUGGCAGGAAUGUGUGUGGAUCUGACACUCUUCCCACUGGACACCAUGAAAACCAGAUUACAGAGUCAGCAGGGAUUCUACAACGCUGGAGGGUUCCGUGGCAUUUAUGCUGGUGUUCCUUCUGCUGCCUUCGGGUCCUUUCCUAAUGCUGCACUUUUCUUCGUUACUUACGACUAUACAAAAUCUGUACUGGGCUUAUGCGUGUCAACAAAACAAGCUCCACUUGUCCACAUGGUGGCUGCUUCACUCGGAGAGAUGGCUGCAUGUCUGAUAAGGGUUCCAUCGGAAGUUGUCAAACAACGAGCCCAAGCUUACCCCUCACUGGGUACCUAUAAGGUGUUCCUUGAUACCAUAAGGCAGGAGGGUAUUCUAGGAUUCUACAGGGGCUACGGAAGUACAGUAAAACGUGAGAUUCCCUUUGCUCUGGUCCAGUUUCCUCUUUGGGAGUUUCUGAAGGCCGUGUGGUCAUGGAAGCAGAAUGGUGCGGUUGAUUCUUGGCAAGCUGCAGUCUGUGGAGCAUUUGCAGGUGCUUCUGCAGCAGCAGUCACCACCCCUCUUGAUCUAGCAAAGACAAGAAUCAUGCUAGCCAAGACAGGUACCACCACUGCCAGUGGAAAGGUGUUACCAGUUUUAAAAAACAUAUGGAAAACACAGGGAAUUUCUGGAAUACUAAAACCAGAGAGAGUGAUGAAGAUCAUGUCAAGCACAGGAAUCUAUCGCCGUAAGGGGUGUUUUAGUGAAAUAAAGAAAUCUAACAUAAUGGCCUGGAUCUUCCGAGGAGCGGCAGUCAUUUGGUGGGAUGCUAAUUCACUCGAACACGAAGUUGCCUUGACAUGGCUCCUGUUUCUUGCUGGAUCUCAGGAGCCCAACUUUCCCAGCUUGUUUUCAGGAAUUGUCCCCAGAGUAACAUGGAUCAGUCUUGGUGGUUUUCUUUUUCUAGGAACCUAUGAUAAAUUGCACAGGUUGCUUCUAUAAUCAUGAUCAAGAAUGGAGAUGGAAUAAGCAGUGAAGUUGAUUUUGUAUUAUAAAUGAUUUUUAUUAGACAUCUUUGUUAGACACUUCUAUAUUUUAUCAAAUUGUAUAAAUAAAUAUUUGUGCAGAGAAGUAACACUUCUUUCCUCUGUUUGCCUCUUGAGCAGCUUUGCUGUGUCCUUUCUGGCAACGUUUAAUAGUCACACAAUUGUACCUAUUGUGUUUGAGGCAGAUUCAGCAUAGAAUAUUCACUAGAAGGGUAACAUUAUUUCAACAGAAUUUUAACUUAAUUGCAAGAUCUUAGUUCUUUUACAUUUGUUUCCAAUUUCAGCAACUGAUUGAUUUAGUUUUUUUUAACUGUGAUCUCUAAGGAACAAAAUUGGCAAGUAGAGACUACAGCAAACAAUAUUUGGUUAACACAAAAUGUUAUUUUUGCUAAUAAUGCAGUUCAACAGUUUUUCAAAAAUCAGCAACUAACAAGAACUCUCUUCCAAGUGAUCUGGACACAGUACAUAUUUCAAUUUCUCCAGUGUCCUUGUGGCUGUUAAGACAUAGUCCUCUAUUUUGCAGUCACAGAAUUUGAACUUGAGCUUUAAUGGCAAUGAGUAACUUUUCUAUAAUUUCUAUGCCAAACUAUAAAGGAAAUAACACUGGAGAAACAUAAUUAAGUAACGGCUGUAAGACCCUUGUCAAAUAACGUAAAGCAUUUCCCUAGAAAUGUCAUGUCCAGUAUGGUAAUUAUAUUCAGUGUAAGGGUAAGUGUUUAUACAAGUAAUUACUUUCGUUAUGACCCUUUGCAAUAAGGCACCAGUAGGUUUUGCAAUAUUUAAGAACAGCAACCAACAUAACCAAGAGAAAUAGUUUCAAAAUUCUAAAAAGUUAUUCAUGCACUAAAUAGGUUUAAAAUAUCUUCUGCAAGAGAUACAUAUGGAAACUCAUAUACAAACAUAUAAAAGCACGACAUUCCCUUAUGUACAUUAUGCCCUGCAUUUACAUGCUUUAAAUGCAAGUCAACUGUUGAUCUACAAAUACUUCCUAUGGAAGCUUAAAAAUAUAAACAAUUAAAGAACGCUCAAAUAGGAUUGUUCCCAUACAAGCUCUGUCCUGCCAUGACUCUUCAUUACAGAAGGUGAGGUAGUAACAAAAAUGUGUUUUCAGUGCACAGGCAUAAGUUUGUAUUCAAUUCACUUGUUCUUCAGACCAUGUCUGAAGAUUGUGAUAACUGUCCAUUCAGUAGUAAAGACUGUUUGAUGUCACCUUCAGCACCACUGCACAGUACAGUCCGAGGUUUGUCACACAAAAGUACUGAUUGAUGACUUGAGGUCUCCAACAAUGGAAGUUGUACAGGCUUAUGAUGUUCCUGACAAAACUGUACAGGUUGGGAAGGCGAUCCUGAAAAAUUCAAACAAAUGUUUUGAUAUGAGUUCAAGAACUGUCACUAUUUUUAGCAAUUCUAAAUCUAAUAGAGAAAAAAAAAGACCAGAGUACUCUCUCUUAUUAAUAAAGAACUGCUUAGCUGCUUCAGUUACUACACAAUAAUUUCAAAGGCAAAAUAUUACCUUUUGUAUCAGCAAUCUUUACAGGUGUUACAUUUUGUGCCUGAGAUACCAUCCUGUCAUGAUUGCUAGGAUAUACAAGUCCUUGCCUCUCCCUUAGGCCACUGGAAGUUCCAUUGCAUAAAUAAUGAUUCAAAAUGCCUUUGUCUACUCUAUUCCACUCUGUACCACGAUUCUCAGAUGCAUGAUCCACACAUUUAUUUGUGUUUAACCAUUUACGUUCCUUGGAGUAAACGUUGGUAGAAUCAAACUGUUCUGGAACAUCAAAAGAAAAUAUAAACAAUAGAAAUUCUCAGGCUUGUUGCAGAGCUUAUAAUUUGUGUGCAAAUGUUGCCAAUGCAUUUUAUGCGCUCUACAGCUCCUCAGAUGGCUCUAUUCAACUAGAAAUUUGAUUGCAAACUGCAUCUGAAAUGACCUUCAAACAUGUAGCUUCGGCAGCUACAAAAUAAAUUGGAAAAGAAUACAGGCAUUUUAAAAGACUGAUUUUGGGUUGCAAAAUUCACAUACCUGUUUGCUCUGGCCCUAGCGUUCCUCCUGCUAAAUGUUUACAUCCAUCGUUAACAUUACUACCAAAACAAUUUGUUUGCCUGCAGUGAACAUUAUGGGAUGCCACUUCUACACAGCUUCCAGCAUCAGACGGGCAUGUACCUGUAAUUAAAAACAUUUCAGAGCUCCAUAAUGUGACAUGGGCUGUUCCAUAAAAUGUGCUCAUCAUUAAUAAGUCCAGGUAUUCCACAAUUUAGUCUCCCUUUGUAAUAGUUAGAUGUGAAAUGACUUCCCUCAUUCUGUCAGUUUAGACCAAAUGCCAACAGCUACUGAGCAGGAGCUCAGCAACAGAGGACCCAGGAUACCCGUAUUUCAUCUAGUACGGACCUUAGUUUACAGGACUAUCACAACUCCUUUCUCUGAUACUGAAAAUCACAGAAUCCCUAUAGUGUAGAUGCAGGCCAUUCAGCCCAUUGAGUCCACACUGAACUUCUGAAGAGCAUCCCACCUAGCCUGCAACUCCCUGGACACCACAGGCAACUUUAGCAUAGCCAAUCUACCUAUUCUGCAUAUCUUUAGACACUGGGAGAAAGUGCAAAUUCCACACAGUUACCCAAGACUGCAACUGAACUCUGGUCCUUGGUGCCAUGAGGCAGCACUGUAGGGCAUCAGUGGAAGUGGAACUGCAACCCAGUCAGUCCUCUGUGGAACUUAGUUUAAAGAACAGCUUGAUAGAAUUGAGGAAAAUCACCCUUCAAGCAGGUCCUACAAGACCACAGGAGCAGUAGGCCAUUCAAUGACAUCAUAGCUGAUUUGAACCCUCGACUCCAUUUUCUUGCUUCCCCCCCCCCCCACCAUAACCCUGGAUUUCCUGACUGCUUGAAGAUCUACCUCAGCCUCGAAUAUAUUUAGUAACCCAACUUCUACAGCUCUCUGUGGUAAAGAAUUCCAUAGAUUGAUGUUCAAACAAUACACACAGGAUUUUGAAACAAAAAUUCCCUAUUUGCUGUUAUUGAAAAGUGUCUUCAAGUUUGCAGAUAGCAUCAAGAUGGACAGGAGGAUGGUUUAAUACAAUAUGGACAAGUUGGGUGAAUGGCAGGUACAUGUGCAGCACAAUGGCUGAGUGGUUAGCACUGUUGCCCACAGCACCAGGGAGUCCAGUUCAACUUUAGUCUUGAAUGAAUGUGUGGAGAGAUUGCACAUUUCCCCAUAUCUGCGUUCAGGUGCUCCAGCUUUCUCCAUGUGUAGGUUAUGUAAAUUUCCCAUAAUGUCCAUUGACAUGCAGGCAAGCCAGAGGAAUUGCAGGGUUACAGGGAUUGAGUAUUGGGGCGGGUUUAGGUGGGAUUCUUUUCAGAGGGUCAGUGUGGAUUCAAUGGAACAAAUGGCCUGCUUCCACAUUAUGGAUUCUAUCAAAUGGAAGUUUGUCCACUGAGGGCAAGAACAGGACCUGGAUGUCCAUGUACAGCAAUUGCUGAACGUAAACAUGCAGGUGGCAACAACAGUAUGUUGGCCUGUGUGGGGGAAUUUGGUUACAGGAGCAGCAAUGUCUUACUGCACUUGUAUGGGACCUUGGCAAAACCACAACCACUCUCUUAUCCUGGUUGUGGAGGGAGCACAACAAAAGUUGCAGAUCAUAUUCCUGGGAUGGCAGGCCUGAUCUAUGAAGAGAAACGAAUUUGGUUAAGGCUACAUUCACUGGAGUUUCUAUAAACUUCUUACAGGACUAGACACAGCAAAUGUACAGAAGAUGUUCCUGAUAACUGGGGAGCCCAGUACCAGCAGUCAUAAUCUAAGGAUACGGAAUGGGCCAUUUAGGACUUAGAGAAACUUCAGCCAGAAAGUGGUGAGGCUGGGGAAUUCUCUACCAGAGUAAUUGAAGCCAAAAUAUUGAAUGUUUGAGGUGGAGUUAGAUCUUGUUCUCUGGGCUAGAAGGAUCAAAGCGACUGGGGAAGAGGAGGAAACAGGGUAUAUAGUUUGAAGAUCAUCCACCAUCAUACUGAACGACAGAAUCAGCUCAAAGGGCUGAAGUAACAAAGUCCUGUUCUUAUUUCUAUGUUUGUAAUUUGAGUUGAUUAAAAAUACAUCAUACCAUUGCUCACCAUACCACUGCUCUCCAUACGUCCAUUAGGAAGAAGUGUCGCUGCUAAUUGCAAAUUGCUACUCUCAUCUAUCUUGACACAUGUCUCCUGACGCUCAGACAAUGUCCCUUGAGAAGAGAGGUAACUUGGGACGUCAGGUGGUACAACUGUUUCAUCUAUAAUAUAUGUACAGCAAACACAGAUGAGAAGCAAGCCAAGUCACAUUUUCCUUACAGCAGAAUUAGAAUAGAGGAUUAGCAUAAUCUGCCUCUAAUUCCAAACACUAUGAAAAGUUUGACUGAUUAUAAUUCACUAACUACUUCCUAAAUAGGAGUUGACCUCGACUGAGCAUUGCAGACUGGCACGUUCCAAGGUCCAGGACUACAUGCUGAGGAACAUGCUAAAGCUAGGUGCAGCUGCCGCCGUGGCACAAUGGGGACAGACCACCAUCUACGGUCUGUCUGCUGAAGUCAAAAGGGGGAUCCACUCAGUUAUCAGAUCUUCCCGCUACUUUUAAUAUAUGUAAAUAUAUAGUCUUGUAAAGUUAAUACUUUGGGUUUGUUGGCUUGUGUCUUCAUAUGUUACUGUACAGAACUGAACAGCUUUAGUGACUUUACAUGUAAAGAUAUUUUCAUGAAUUAAGUGCAUUGUUGAAAUAAAAACGUAUACCACAAAUUUAAGGGAUUGGCAAUAAA